AUGAAGGCAAACACUGCCUCCAUUAUCUCCCAGUCUGGAGGGAUCCAAGCUGGUUCUGCUCGGGAGCAGUCAGCUCCUCCACUCGAAGUGGAGAGAGAUCCGUACAGCCCUGCCCGGUCGCGCCCAGGCGGGGGGCCACCUGCACGUAGCAUUCCGGGCUGCAGGUCGCGCCCGCUCUUGGCCUUCGCUGCCCUGGUUGCGGCCCUGGUCGGCUCCUGCAGCUUCGUGGUGCCACAGCACCUCAAGGUCCGAGCCCCCUCUGUUGCCUGCGGUGCAGCGCAGAAAAAGAAAGAGUACAAAGUCAACGAAGAGAUCCGGGCGAAUGAGGUCCGUGUCAUUGGCAUUGUCAGCGACAAGUUGGAGACAGGCCCCGCUCGCAUGGAGGAGGCGAAUGAGAUUAUGUCGCUCCGGGAUGCCUUGGAGAUUGCGCGAAGCAAGGGAGUGGAUGUGAUCCUCAUCAACGAGGAGCCGGCUUGGUCUUUUGGCUCUUCCGGCUUCUCCCUACAGGGCCACCUUCCUCUUCGCCUCUCCAAAGGCCCUCCUCAUCUGCUUCGAGCCGCCGCCUCGCUUUGUAUGGGCAGCCAGGGUGAUUCUGAUAUCACUCAGAUUUCUUUUCAGUUCCAAGGCAUUAGCAUCUCUGUGACUAAGAGCCGCUCCCCUGCUGUGCCCCUAGGCCUUAAUCCCGACACCCCGCCUUCCGAGCCUGGAGUUGGCUCGACGCCCGGCCCUAGGUGUAGGCCCCUAAGUCCCGAACCCGUGCAACGAGAAGAGCCUGCUGCCUCGUCCUCGCGACCUAGCUCGUCGUCUGCUGCUCCCGUCCUUGAGGCCUCCGGCCCUUCUCUCACCUUGCCCGAGGAGCCAGUUUUUCCUGAGGUCCCUUCUGCCUGGCUUUUGGCUGCAAAGGUCCUUCGUGCAAAAGGCUUGUCAGGCGAGGCACGUGUCAAGCAGGCCUGGACGGCAGGUUGCUGGGUGAGAGAGGUUCUAGAGGGUCGUAGGCGGUUUCCUCCCCCGACCCGUAAGCUGGACAUAGCAAACAAGCACUACGCUGUUGCUCGCUCCGCGAACGGGUCUCCUCCUGAGAUCUACUCCAGCCAGCGGGAUUAUUUCAUUGCCGUCUGCGAUUUGAAGACCACAGCCAGCCUGUCUCAGGGCUUUCCUUCGGAACUUGAGUGUCGCGUCUAUUUGGACGCAGCAGGCAUCACAGCUUACUUGCCCAUCUGUUGA